CCCCCGGCCGAUAGAUCCACAUAUUCCAAUGUAAAAUUAAACAAAUGAAAGAGGAGGAGCCGAAACUCAUUUAUUUACAGAUUAGGCUACACGAUGUAGAGUAGAGACUCCGUGCAGCGGGAGCACGAGAUUGGUGAGCAGCAGACGUUUUCCUAGGUUGAUUUACAUUUUGCACGGAGCAGGAAAGCAAAAGUUAAAUAUUUUCUGGCAUCAUCAUUCCCCCUAGAAAUAGGCUAUGGGGACAUCUGAUACCAUGAUAAAUAAUACGUGCCUGUCCUUUCACCACACAAUCGAUUUUAUAGCGACAGUUCGGAUACUGCCAUUGGUGCAGUAACUUCACUUUGUCUACUAUUCUUGGAAGAGCAGAGCAGAAAGAAACCGAUUUCGUUUUUAUUAUAGACAAUCCUUGUCAAUCAGUAGGCUACUGUCGCCAUCUGAUGCAUGAGCGAUGCAGCCAGAACACAACAGUAACCCCUAUACUAGACAGGAUGAGGGGGGGAUCAACGGGAUAGGAGACAAUCAGACCGAGGAGGAAGCAUUGAGCUGCGAGCCGCCGACCGAACACUGUGAUGAGGCUACUGCAGACUCUGAAAUGGCGCACAACGGUGGUUCUCCCCAAGACCAGGAGAAUCAGCAAGCACAGGAGGACCAGGGGCAGGACCUGGGAGAUGGCGAAUGCAAGAUCCCACAUGAGGACAGCAUUAUCCAGCUAAUAGAGGCUGGAUGUCUCGAUAGUAAACCCGGUGUGUCCCCGAAUUCCCAGUCUCAGUCCUCGGCACCAGGGCAGAGCCCCGGGUUCGUCCCACCCGAGGGUGGGUUCGGCUGGUUAGUAGUUUUCGCUGCUACCUGGUGUAAUGGAUCCAUUUUCGGGAUACAGAACUCCUUCGGUAUCCUCCACAUGAUGCUGGUGGAAGACCACGCAGACCCCAAUGACAAAACGUCGCAGUUUAAAGUAGCCUGGGUGGGGGCCCUGGCGAUGGGCAUGAUCUUCUUCUGUUCCCCCGUGGUCUCCAUGUUCACCGAUCACUUCGGCUGCAGGAAGACAGCUGUGGGCGGGGCCACCGUGGCCUUCAUCGGACUCCUCAGCACCGCCUUCGCAAAGUCCCUCAGCCUGCGGUAUUUCACCUAUGGGAUCCUGUUUGGCUGUGGCUCGUCCUUUGCCUUCCAGCCCUCCCUGGUGAUCCUGGGCCACUACUUCCGGCAGCGGCUGGGCCUGGCCAACGGCGUGGUGACGGCGGGCAGCAGCCUGUUCUCCAUGGGCCUCCCGGUGCUGCUCACCAAGGUGGUGGAGCCGCUGGGCCUCAGCAGAACCUUCCAGAUCCUCAGCCUCUUCAUGCUGGUCCAGGCCCUGCUGGCCCUGACCUUCAGACCCCUGCUUCCCCAGAGAGCUCCAAUGGGACCACCAGAACCAGGGGGCCCCGCUGGGUCCACAACCCAGCCAGGAGCCCCUGCCCGGGGAAGCCGCUGGAGCAGGGCCCAGACCCAGGUCCGGAAGGCCUUUAACGUGAAGGUGUUCCACAUCGUCACCUACCGGGUGUGGGCGUUCGGGGUGUCUACGGCUGUGCUGGGUUACUUUGUGCCUUACAUCCACUUGAUGAACUUCGUGAAGGAGCAGUUCAAGGAGCCCCAGAAGGAGUGGAUCCUGUUGGUGUGUAUAGGAGCCUCAUCUGGCGUGGGACGCCUCCUCUUCGGGAAAGUAGGAGACCUCAUUCCCGGAGCCAAGAAGAUCUGGAUGCAGUCGGUGUCGUUCAUGGUGCUGGGGCUGAUGUCCAUGAUGAUCCCCCAGUGCACGGUGUUUGAGGGGCUGAUUGUGGUGUGUGUGUUCCUAGGGCUGUGUGAUGGCUGCUUCAUCACCAUCAUGGCUCCUAUAGCCUUUGAGCUGGUGGGCCCCAUGCAGGCCUCCCAGGCUAUAGGAUACCUACUGGGACUCAUGGCCCUGCCCAUGACCGCAGGACCCCCCAUCGCUGGACUCCUGCAUGACUACUGUGGUGAUUACAACGUGGCCUUCUACCUGGCAGGGGGUCCUCCCAUCGUGGGGGGCAUUGUGCUGUUCUUUGUGCCCCUGAUACACCGGCGGCAGCAGAGAGCCUUUGCGGGUCAGGAUGGGGGGCCGGAUGUCCCCAGCAGGGAUCAUAUGCUGCCCCCGGCGGCCUGCUCUAAUGGAAACAUGAUGCCUGGGUACACUGACGUGGAGACACACAUCUGAGUAGUACUACACAAAGGGAUUCUAUUCACCAGCACCUGAGAUCUGUCCGUCCCUGCACCUCCUCCCUUCCACCUCGCCCCUGAACCCCGGCCCCUGAAACCCUGAACCCCAGCCCCUGACCACGGACAACCUGAUGAUGUACCUCUCAACCUCUGACACAGCCCUCUCCUCUGAACGCCAUUCGUUCCUUAUAGUGAUCCCUAUGGUCUAAGGAAAGAGGGGGAGAAGUUUUUCCCCCCUCUGAAGUAAAGGAGGAACAUGUCACUGAUCAUCAUCCUUGAACGAAGAGAGAGACGAUUGGCAUUAUCAUAGGACCUGGGUGUCACACAAUCCAAAACCGUGCACUCGUUCCCUGUGUCUUUCAGCUCAUUUAAAAUGGUUUUAGACUUCAAUAUGUGAAUUCACACAAUAAGUGUGUACCAUAUAGAGCUUGCCGCCUGAAAACAAAUAUUUUUUAAAAUUCAUUACGUCUGGAAUCAGAGUAUGUAAAUGUUUUAAUAUGCUUCAGUAUGUUCAGAUUAUUCAGAAAGAUAAAUGGUAUUAGAGUUAUUGAAUGGAGUACUUUGUACUUCUCUGUCUAGACCACAAGCAUCUCACACUUUAUUUAAUGUUAUGUUCUUUCUGUCUGUAGGUGUUUCAUUAUAUACACUACCGGUUAAAAGUUUUAAAACACCUACUCAUUAUUCUUUAUUUUUUAUUAUUUUCUACAUUGUAGAAUAAUAGUGAAGACAUCAAAACUAUGAAAUAACACAUAUGGAAUCAUGUCGUAAAGCUGUCAUCAAGGCAAAGGGUGGCUAUUUGAAGAAUCUCAAAUAUAAAAUACAGAAGUUUACAUACACCUUAGCCAAAUACAUUUAAAUUCAGUUUUUCACAGUUCCUAACAUUUAAUCCAAAUAAAAAUUCCCUGUUUUAGGUCAGUUAGGAUCACUACUUUAUUUUAAGAUUGUGAAAUGUCAGAAUAAUAGUAGAGAGAAUGAUUUAUUUCAGCUUGAAGGUAGGCCUUGAAAUACAUCCACAGGUACACCUCCAAUUGACACAGUCAGCUUAGUGUAUGGUAACUUCUGUCCCACUGAAGUUGUGAUACAGUGAAUUAUAAGUGAAAUAAUCCGUCCGUAAACAAUUGUUGGAAAAAUGACUUGUCAUGCACAAAGUAGAUGUCCUAACCGACUUACCAAAGCUAUAGUUUGUUAUCAAUAAAUUUGUGGUGUGGUUGAAAAAUGACUCCAACCUACAGUGGGGCAAAAAAGUAUUUUGUCAGCCACCAAUUGUGCAAGUUCUCCCACUUAAAAAGAUGAGCGAGGCCUGUAAUUUUCAUCAUAGGUACACUUCAAUUAUGACAGACAAAAUGAGAUAAAAAAUCCAGAAAAUCACAUUGUAGGAUUUUUAAUGAAUUUAUUUGAAAAAAAUGGUGGAAAAUAAGUAUUUGGUCAAUAACAAAAGUUUAUCUCAAUACUUUGUUAUAUACCCUUUGUUGGCAAUGAGGUCAAACGUUUUCUGUAAGUCUUCACAAGGUUUUCACACACUGUUGCUGGUAUUUUGGCCCAUUCCUCCAUGCAGAUCUCCUCUAGAGCAGUGAUGUUUUGGGGCUGUUGCUGGGCAACACGGACUUUCAACUACCUCCAAAGAUUUCCUAUGGGGUUGAAACUGGCUAGGCCACUCCAGGACCGUGAAAUGCUUCUUACAAAGCCACUCCUUCGUUGCCCGGGCGGUGUGUUUGGGAUCAUUGUCAAGCUGAAAGACCCAGCCACGUUUCAUCUUCAAUGCCCUUGCUGAUGGAAGGAGGUUUUCACUCAAAAUCUCACGAUACAUGGCCCCAUUCAUUCUUUCCUUUACACGGAUCAGUCGUCCUGGUCCCUUUGCAGGAAAACAGCCCCAAAGCAUGAUGUUUCCACCCCCAUGCUUCACAGUAGGUAUGGUGUUCUUUGGAUGCAACUCAGCAUUCUUUGUCCUCCAAACACGACGAGUUGAGUUUUUACCAAAAAGUUCUAUUUUGGUUUCAUCUGACCAUAUGACAUUCUCCCAAUCUUCUUCUGGAUCAUCCAAAUGCUCUCUAGCAAACUUCAGAUGGGCCUGGACAUGUACUGGCUUAAGCAGGGGGACACGUCUGGCACUGCAGGAUUUGAGUCCCUGGCGGCGUAGUGUGUUACUAAUGGUAGGUUUUGUUACUUUGGUCCAAGCUCUCUGCAGGUCAUUCACUAGGUCCCCCCGUGUGGUUCUGGGAUUUUUGCUCACCGUUCUUGUGAUCAUUUUGACCCCACGGGAUGAGAUCUUGCAUGGAGCCCCAGAUCGAGGGAGAUUAUCAGUGGUCUUGUAUGUCUUCCAUUUGCUAAUAAUUGCUCCCACAGUUGAUUUCUUCAAACCAAGCUGCUUACCUAUUGCAGAUUGUCUUCCCAGCCUGGUACUGGUCUACAAUUUUGUUUCUGGUGUCCUUUGACAGCUCUUUGGUCUUGGCCAUAGUGGAGUUUGGAGUGUGACUGUUUGAGGUUGUGGACAGGUGUCUUUUAUACUGAUAACAAGUUCAAACAGGUGACAUUAAUACAGGUAAUGAGUGGAGGACAGAGGAGCCUCUUAAAGAAGAAGUUACAGGUCUGUGAGAGCCAGAAAUCUUGCUUGUUUGUAGGUGACCAAAUACUUAUUUUCCACCAUCAUUUGCAAAUUAAUUAAUUAAAAAUCCUACAAUGUGAUUUUCUGGAUUUUUUCUUCUAAUUUUGUCUGUCAUAGUUGAAGUGUACCUAUGAUGAAAAUUACAGGCCUCUCAUCUUUUUAAGUGGGAGAACUUGCACAAUUGGUGGCUGACUAAAUACUUUUUUGCCCCACUGUAUGUGUAUGUAAACAUCUGACUUCAACUGUAUAUUUUGAUUUGUUUAACACUUUUUUUUCAUAUUCCAUAUGUGUUAUUUCAUAGUGUUGAUGUCUUCACUAUUAUUCCACAAUGUAUAAAAUAGUAAAAAUAAAGAAAAACCCUUGAAUGAGUAGGUGUUUGAAAACUUUUGACUGGUAGUGUAGAUCUAGGGCAUAAUAUAGGACAUUUGAAAUAUUUCUGUUAUUAUAAGUUAUUGCAGUUAUAUUUUGCAAGUUUCAAUUUAUUUUUUGUUUCUGAUCGAUCAAGGAAAAACACAUCUUUUUCAAUUUUGUAUUGUACUAUAGGUCUCAAUGGCGAUUCCAUCUUGGAAAAGCCACUAAAACGAAGUCACCUCAACCACAUACAGUGGGGAGAACAAGUAUUUGAUACACUGCCGAUUUUAAAGGUUUUCCUACUUACAAAGCAUGUAGAGGUCUGUCAUUUUUAUCAUAGGUACACUUCAACUGUGAGAGACGGAAUCUAAAACAAAAAUCCAGAUAAUCACAUUGUAUGAUUUUUAAGUAAUUAAUUUGCAUUUUAUUGCAUGACAUAAGUAUUUGAUCACCUACCAACCAGUAAGAAUACUGGCUCUCACAGACCUGUUAGUUUUUUCUUUAAGAAGCCCUCCUGUUUUCCACUCAUGACCUGUAUUAACUGCACCUGUUUGAACUUGUUACCUGUAGAAAAGACACCUGUCCUCACACUCAAUCAAACAUACUCCAACCUCUCCACAAUGGCCAAGACCAGACAGCUGUGUAAGGAAAACAGGGAUAAAAUUGUAGACCUGCACAAGGCUGGGAUGGGCUACAUGACAAUAGGCAAGCAGCUUGGUGAGAAGGAAACAACUGUUGGCGAAAUUAUUAGAAAAUGUUCAAGAUGACGGUCAAUCACGCUUUUCUGGAUUUUUGUUUUAGAUUCCGUCUCUCACAGUUGAAGUGUACCUAUGAUAAAAAUGACAGACCUCUACAUGCUUUGUAGGUAGGAAAACCUGCAAAAUCGUCAGUGUAUCAAAUACUUGUUCUCCCCACUGUACGCAGUUUUUCCAUAUGUAACCUGUGCCAUGGCGGAGCUGCGGAUAAGAGAGUACCAGACCAAACAGAACAUUAUUUACCGGCUUCUGACUUUGUAGAGCCUUAAAUCCAUGUUUUUAACAGUCACAUUUCUAAGACUUUAAGUCAAUCAGAUCUUUUUCAUACACAAGUGUGGAUACUUUAAAGUAAACACACCUUGAGAAGUUUUGCCAAUGUUUUAUUUACUCUGCAGAUUUGUUUUUGUUGUUUUUAAGUUUCUAAAUGUUUUUUUGUUUUUACGAUCUGUCUCUUACAAUGGCAUUUCGAUCUUGUUAUUCCUAUGGGGGUGAAUCCUAACAUCCACUUUCAGACUCCCAUUGGCGUCAAUAUAUGACUAAGUGAAAAUUGGAAAGAAAAGAAAAAUAACCUUUUAGUCUGCCAGUUUUUUUUGCAAACAAUCCAAAUCUACAUGAAGUGCAUUGAGCUUAAUUUUGAAUCGAAAGGCCAUAGUUUUUGCUGUGUGUGUUUGGGCAUUGGUCCACAGACCAGAGAACGAUUGAUAUUACAUGCAUGCACUCAUUGGCUAGGUCCUUUUUUCAGCCUGAUUCCCAUUGGUCCACAUCAAACUGAUGACUCUUUGUUGAUGAGUUUGCUGCUUCUUAUCUUCAGAUGACAACAUACUGGUUGUUGGGUUCAUGCGUCGUCACGGUAAUAACCAGAUACUGUCUCAUGGAGUUUUUCACCCUAGUAGUGAAAUUCAAGAAAUUGCAGUUGCUGUUACAUUUCAUACAUUUUAAACGGACCACUUUACCUACAUGAGACUACAUUUUACGCACGACAGAAGGGUUGAAUAUGAGUCUUCCGAAUGGCACCCUAUUCCCUAUGGUCAAAAGUACCACACUAUAAAGGGAAUAGAGUGAUGUUUGGGACACAACCUAGACCUAAUGGUAGGACAGAGAGGGAAACGGGGAGAGGACAAAGACGUCAAUACCUCAGUAAUCUGGUUAAAUAUGUUGGCAUUCUUCAAAUUAUGACAUCAUACUUCCAAGUGAAAUUAAAUGUUUGCUUGUAGUAGUUUUUUAUAUCAGCUGUUAGUUUCAGAGCCACAGAGCUUCACAUACUGCCAACAUCUUCCCAAAAACUCCAGUUAUUAAUACUCAUUAUUGUUGCUUUACGAGAUGCUCUGGUCAGACCUGUAUGUGUAUAUGAUAUGCAUCUUCCGUCUCCCCCAUCUGGCUGUGACCCAUACUUUUUAAACUCUUUAUUUUUCCUUCCUGCUUCUCUAAAUGUCAUUCCCUCUGACAGUUCAGUACCUGCCAUAUAAUAUAGCUUUUAUCCCUAUGGUCCUAGCCUCCAUUAAGGCUGCAGACUGAGUGGACAAGGGUCACCAAGUUAUCUCUACCUCAUUAAGUUCCUCCAUCUCUUCUCUCUUCUGUUGAUCUCACCGCCAUGCUGCUCCUAUAUCUCCUACAUCUGGCCGGAGAGCCUGCUAGCUCACCGUGCAUUAUCAUCCUUAGGAUAGAUGGAAAGAGGAAACCUUGUUUGAUCAUGCAAGCUGCAAUACAAUAUGUACUUUUUGAUGACUUAUUUUGAUCAUUAUCCUAUAGUUGGUCAGAGAGCUUGCUGGAUAUAGCCUGGUUUAAAUCAGAUUGAACCAUUGUGAGUGCAGCAUUCAGUCUGGUCCUACCAGGCUAUGCUGUUGGCUCACCAAGCAUCCUUAUUCUUAUACUGUAGAUGAGUAAUCAAACACUACAAUAUGUACUUUUGUUAAUUCUCUUGUUUAGUUUGGUCAUUGUUCUGUUUCUGUUUUGAUGAGAUCAGCUAUUGAAACAUUAGAUUUGUAACCACUGAGACAUAUUUGGACAGGAGUAGUUAAUGACUGAUAGGGAAACAUGCAGCCUUCAUGGUGUUGUUUGCUGAACCACUGUUUGGUUAGUCAAAGUCCUGUUGUCUCUGCAGUGGUUUCUGAGUGGGCACUAGUGCAUAUUGCACCUGAAAUCUUUAGGCCCAGUACCAGUUCAAGGAAUGGUCACAGAUAGGGUCACAUAGGCUUGCAUGUACUCAAUGAGAGUAGAAUCUCAUUAUACAUCUUCAUAUGUACACGGCUAAAAUAACUACAUUAUUACAUUUUGUUUCCUAAUAUUGUUGUUAUUUUAAUUGUAUCUCUCCCCAUAGCAGCCAUAGCAUUCUGAACCCCGGUGAUCUUUUGGGAGUUUUCUCCCAAACAAUGUCAUUUUUUAGUCUGAUCCAGCCCAGUGUGUGUUAGACAGGGCUGUUAGAUAAAGUCAAAUACUCUUUUUAUUACGUCCUUGGGCUGGUGUACACCAAGUAUCUGUCCCAAAUGGAGCCCUAUUCCCUUUAUAGCGGACUACUUUUGACCAGAGCCCUAUGGAUCCUGGUAAAAAAACAAACACACUAUAUAGGGAAUAGAGAGCCAUUUGGGACGUAUCCCACAUCUGCAUACUUCUGACCACACCUACCUAGUUUCUUCUUCUUUAGCUUUUGUGUAUAACCCAUAGACUGUACAUCACCCGUAGGCUGUACAUCACCCUGACUGUGUCACCCGUAGACUGUACAUCACCCUGACUGUAUCACCUGUAGACUGUACAUCACUCUGACUGUCACCCGUAGGCUGUACAUCACCCUGACUGUGUCACCUGUAGACUGUACAUCACCCUGACUGUCUGCCGUAGACUGUACAUCACCCUGACUGUGUCACCCAUAGACUACAUGACUGUGCUGCUCUUGUUUAAUAUUUUAUCUCAUCUCUUACACAAUGUUUCUGCUGUUAUUUUCAUCACAACUCUCACCUCAGAUUUCCUACCAACGUUCACCAAUCUCUUCCUGAACCUCAACUUUUCAGAUAUAUAUAUUUUCCAUUGUAUUUUUUCCAGAAAUGUUAUAACAAUCGGAACCACAAGAUUUGAAAUGAAGAUGCUGCUAAAUACAUGUCAAGUUAUUUCGGAUCUGUAAUAAAACACAGUUUGUUAUCGUGUAAUAUGAUGGGAACUGAGUUUUCUCUGGCCAGCUGAGUAAUGCCAUCCACAGCAUUAUACUGUAUGUCUCUGGAAAUAAUAUACUAGUAAGUGUGUGUGUGUGUGAGACACAGUAUGACUCAUUGCAAAAUGCACUGAGGCUGAGCAUCAUGGUGUGUGUUAACUGCCCUCUGACUAACUGGCAUAUUUCUAUAUGCUAUAGUUUAAACUAUGUGAUAUUAUGUCUGACUAAUUGGGAAACAGUGUAUAUUUUAGCCCUGUGAAUAACUUCCAUAUUUGCAUAUGAACAUGGUUUAGUUAUGUCUGACAGUAGCUAUGACUACCGUAAAUGUGUUAUGGGAUGUUAAAUGAUGUGAUGUUCUGUUAGCUCAGUCUCAGUAUGACUCAGGGAGAAAUUAAAUGAUGCCUGUUAUCUGU